ACUGUGUGUUUUCCGCAGGUGUGGUUUAAGAACCGGCGCGCCAAGUGCCGUCAGCAGCAGCAGCAGCAGACCAGCGGCCAGACCAAACCCCGACCCCCGAAGAAGAAGUCCUCGCCCGCCCGCGAGCCCAGCGUCAGCGAGGCCAACGCCGGCACCACCUACAGCCCUCCUCCGCCCCCGCCUCCGCCCGGGACCUCCAUCACCCCGAGCUCCACCAGCGCCACCGUGUCCAUCUGGAGCCCGGCGUCCAUCUCCCCGCUGCCGGACCCGCUGUCGGUGUCCGGGACGUGCCUUCAGCGCUCCGGCGGGUACCCCAUGACCUACACACAGGCCCCGGCGUACGGGCAAGGCUACGCCACCUCCUCGUCCUACUUCACCGGGCUUGACUGCAGCUCGUACCUGUCUCCCAUGCACCCGCAGCUGUCGGCCACCGGGGGCGCGCUCAGCCCCAUCACCGGCUCCAUGAGCGGCGCUCUCAGCCAGUCGCCCGCCUCGCUCUCGUCCCAGGGCUACAGCGCCGCGUCCCUGGGCUUCGGCGCCGUCGACUGCCUAGACUACAAAGACCAAACGGCGUCCUGGAAACUGAACUUCAGCGCCGCGGACUGUCUGGACUACAAGGACCAAAACUCCUGGAAGUUCCAGGUCCUGUAGGGCGUUCAGAAGGGAAAGUCCGUGCACUCUUCAAACGCAACGCAACGCCGCGUAGACGAGCC